AUGAAGCCGAGACUGAAUGGCGUUCAAUUGAGGAUGAAGAGUUGGCUUCAGGAUAAAGGCGAAAAGAAUUCCAUCAUACCUUUGAGUGUUCUCUCCAAUACGAGGGAAAGAAACCGCGGCUCAUCUGCAUCGCUAGGACAAGUACGACAUUCCUACGGCCAGGAGGAAACGGACUCUUUGAUUUCAAUUCAUGAGGGUUCCCAACAGGAUAUGGAUACCAAUUUUGAAUCCGGCUUUCGGAUGAUAGAAGUAGGACGGCCUAAUCCUCUCCACGGAAGUAACGCUGUAACAAAUACCAAAUAUGAUGCUUUUAGCUUUCUUCCCAAAUGUUUAUUUGAGCAGUUUCGCUAUUUUUACAAUAUGUACUUUCUAUUGGUGUCUUUAUCCCAGCUUAUUCCUCCCCUAAAAAUUGGAUACCUAUCAACUUAUAUCGCUCCUUUGAUUUUUGUGUUGAUGAUCACGCUGACAAAAGAAGCUAUCGAUGAUUUAAAACGGAGAAGAAGGGAUUCAUUUGCCAAUAAUGAAAUUUAUAUUGUUAAUAACAAUCCCUGUGCUGCUCAGAAUAUUCAAGUAGGCGAUGUUGUGCUCAUAUCAAAGGAUCAAAGAGUACCCGCAGACAUGGUUCUGAUGCACACAUCUGUUGGAAAUGAAGCUUUUGUUCGAACGGAUCAGCUCGACGGAGAAACGGAUUGGAAACUGCGGAUACCUUGCUCAAAUCAGUAUUCACAUGGAAUCAUUCAUGCAGAUUCCCCCAUCAAAUCUGUCCAUCACUUUUAUGGUACCUUUACUUUGAAUGAUAAUAGAAGACCGCUUACUGUGGAUAAUACACUUUGGGCGAAUACCGUCUUAGCCAGUGAGGCGGUUUAUGGUGUUGUCAUUUAUACCGGUAAAGAUACUCGUCAAUCCUUAAAUAGUUCAAAAGCGAAAACAAAAGUUGGCUUAUUAGAGAAAGAAGUCAACUUCUACUCUAAAAUUCUUUGCAUGAUCGUCCUUACACUUUCCGUAAUACUUACAUUCAGCCACGGAAUACGAGAAAAUUGGUACAUUGCUAUCUUCAGAUACUUGAUAUUAUUUUCGAGUAUUAUUCCAAUUAAUUUACGUGUGAAUUUAGAUAUUGCUAAAAUUGUUCAUUCUAAACAUACCGAGGCGGAUCCUAAUUUACCUGAUGUCGUUGUCCGCAGCAGCAAUAUUCCAGAAGAACUAGGUAGAAUUGAGUACCUGUUAACUGAUAAAACUGGUACUUUAACACAAAAUGAAAUGGAAAUGAAAAAACUGCAUUUGGGAGCCAUCGGGUUUUCCAAUGAAUCAAUGGAUGUUGUUCAGGCCUGUGUUAAUGAUUCUACGGCUCAUAUUCCGUUGAGUGAUGAUACAAAAGACAUAGUCCGAACAACCGUUUUAGCCCUUUCCUUGUGCCAUAAUGUAACUCCGUCUGAAACUACUGAUGGCUCUGUUAGUUUUCAAGCCGCAAGUCCUGAUGAGGUCGCAAUUGUUCGAUGGACUAGCAGCAUGGGCUUGGUUUUGACACAUCGUAAUCGAGCAAGUAUUACUCUUAAUACGUCGUCAUAUGAAAUUUUACAACUUUUUCCGUUCAAAUCCGAAACAAAGAGAAUGGGCAUCGUGGUCCGCUCACCAGAAGGACAAAUUACGUUUUACCUCAAAGGUGCAGAUUCGGUCAUGCAGCAAUUCAUAAGUCCAAGCUUCUGGCUUGACGAAGAAUGCGGAAACAUGGCCAGGGAGGGGCUCCGAACCUUAGUAGUUGCAAAAAAAGACUUAACUAAUGAAGAAUAUAAUUCGUUUGCUACUUUAUAUGCAGAAGCAAACGUGUCUUUUUCUGGCUCAAGGGAUAAGAGGAUGGCAGGAGUUAUUUCGAAGUAUUUGGAGAAUGACAUGGACUUACUUGGACUCACUGGUGUUGAAGAUAAACUUCAAAAGGAUGUUAAAGUAACCUUAGAAUUACUUAGAAACGCUGGUAUACAUGUUUGGAUGCUUACAGGAGAUAAAGUGGAAACUGCUAGAUGUAUCGCCAUAUCAUCGAGGCUUGUUUCUCGAGGUCAGUACAUUCACACCAUUUCCAAACUUAAUUCUCAAGAAGAUGCGCAGAAUCAGUUGAUGAUUUUAGCUGGAAAACCAGACUGCUGUCUCAUAAUAGACGGAGAAUCCAUGGAAUUCUGUGUCGGAUAUUUGCAGGAUGAAUUUAUAGAAGCAGUCUCUGACUUAUCUUGCGUGGUAAUUUGCAGGUGUACGCCUACCCAGAAAGCAAACAUGACACGUUUGAUCCAAAAGAAGAAAUCUGCUUCCGUCUGCUGUAUAGGUGAUGGAGGUAAUGAUGUUGGAAUGAUUCAAGUUGCAAAUAUCGGUGUCGGUGUUGUCGGAAAAGAGGGUCAACAGGCCAGUCUUGCUGCUGACUAUAGCAUAAAAGAAUUCAGCCACGUUGCUCGUUUACUCUUGUGGCAUGGCCGUAUAAGUUACAAGCAAACUUCGAAAUUGGCAAUGUUCGUUAUUCACCGUGGUUUAAUUAUUUCCAUUUGUCAGGUUGUAUACAGUAUAAUUUCGAAUUUUGAGCCCAUUGCUUUGUUUCAAGGGUUACUGUUGGUGGGGUACUCGACGAUGUAUACAAUGUUGCCCGUUUUCUCCAUUGUUUAUGAUAGAGAUGUGAGUGAAAAAUUGGUUUUUCUGUUUCCAGAGCUUUACAAGGAGAUGAGAGAAGACAAAUGUUUUUCCAUUAAAUCAUUUACGUCUUGUGUUUUAAUCAGUAUUUACCAAGGCGUAAUAAUACAAGUGAUUACUUACGUACUUGUCGGAUUCGACGUUGAAGGUCAAAUGCUAGCUGUUUGUUUCUCCUGUUUAAUUUUAAAUGAGCUCAUUAUGGUAGCCCUCCAGAUUAACAGAUGGGAUCAAACAAUUGUUAUGUCAGAAAUGCUAAGCCUAAUGAUUUACACUCUGAGCGUUCCUUUCUUAACUGAUUAUUUUGAUUUGAAAUUUUUCCUGGGGCUCAAGUUUUACUGGGUGUCAGCUCUUAUAUUAUUUAUCAGCCUCUUACCUGUUUGGAGUGGAAGAGCAUUGAAGCAAAAACUGAAACCUUCAAGUUAUGCAAAAUUACAAAGAUAA